GAGCUGGGCUGACAGUGUUACAUGCAGAGAGAGCAGCAUUGCACAGGACCCCACAUCACAGAGCAAGCUCACACUUUAUCCAGGAUCUGUACAUCACCAGCCCUACCAAGCUGGAACAAUGCCAGUCCUUUCAACGUCCUACCAACACCAAAAUCCUGUGGCAGGGGAGUGCUUGCGCGAAGAUGACAGUCUCACCAACCUCCAGUGGCUUACAGACUUCUCGAUCCUGAGUACAGACUUGUCUUCCAUCGCUACAAUAUACCCACCUCCCCCACGUGCGUCUCAGGGCCCAUGCAGCCCCACCGCAGGGGACACGGCUACAUGCCAGGGUCAACGGGUAGGAAAGUCGAGGUCUGUCACCGGCACUACUGCAUGGCCCUCCUUGCCCACAUCAUGCCCCAGCCCUGCCCAGGAAGUGGAUUAUAGAACCAACCCUCACAUCAAGCCGCCAUAUUCCUAUGCCACCCUUAUUUGCAUGGCCAUGGAGGCCAGCCAGCAGCGCAAACUCACCCUCUCGGCCAUUUACAACUGGAUCACCCAGAAUUUCUGUUAUUACCAAUACGCUGACCCAAGCUGGCAGAACUCCAUCCGCCAUAAUCUCUCCCUGAAUAAAUGCUUCAUGAAGGUUCCCCGGGGGAAGGACGAGCCUGGAAAAGGAGGAUUCUGGCAGCUGGAUCCUCAUUACGCACACAUGUUUGUGAAUGGGGUACUGAAGAGGAGGAGAAUGCCUUCUUCUCACCAAGAUGUUUCGAGGAGUAAUAAAAUAUCCACCCACCACCCAUACCAGACAGUUUCCAGGCCCGGUAAGCACCGUCUACAGCAGAUCUCUUGUUCAUACAAAGAACCUCGCAGACACGAGAAGCCCAGUCCAGUUUUGCCAGCACUGAGAGUCCCAGAACGACAUGGAGACGCCAUUUUUGUUCAAGAGGAUCCUCAAUACGGCAGCAAUUUUGAUGAUCUUGAUAUACAGACAGCCUUAAUAUCUAUGUGGUGGGAGGGAGAAAAUGCAGUUAAUGCUAUGAAUUCUUCUGUCCAAGGUUCUCAUGGACUAGAAGUAGCCCACCAGGAGGCUCCAAGAAUGGACAGCUCUUGGUUCUUGCCUUCAGACAACCAGCCAUCUUGGGAAGAAGUGACUGAGGAGCCAGUAGUUGAUCAGUGGUACAGUGACAGUGGCUAUACCGAAGACGUCCUUUAUGAGUGUCCACCUUGGGAACGUGUGGAUAAUUUGCUAUGACCAGUGACGCAGUUUGAGACUAGAACUGGGUAGACUUAAACAAUAUGGCUGAUAGUGGUGCAUUAAAGUGGCUGAAGCCUAUCAAAAACUGUUUUGCCUACUGAUCUGCUAUUUGGAGCCCUGCCAACCUACAAAUGUCAUGUUAAUGGAUCUGGUAUUUUAGGAGGGUCUCUAUGCACUUAAACAUAAAAUGGACAUGUAGGUGCACCAUUAGAUACCAACCAGGGUAAAUGAAUUACAUGGUUAGUUGCCAUGAACAUUAUGGACUGAACAUCACCUCUCUUGCAUCAAUUGCUUUGUACUGAGUGUGUUUCGACCAUAGAUCACCAAACAAGACAUUCUAUGUAUUUGUAAUGAAUGUAAAGCUAUGUUUAUUUUGAAUGUUGUCUCAAAUCUAUAGGAGUUCGGCCUUUUUUUUUGUGAACCUGGUAUUUUAAAACUGCACUGACAUUUUUAAAGCAAAUCCCCAAAAAAUCAUGCCAACUUUACUUAAAGCAAGAUAAUAAUAGAAACUGUUUUGUUUUUUUACAAUUUAACAAUUACAAUCAAAGUGGAUAUAAACAGGUGAAAAACGAAUAGCUAUGACGACGCCUCAGGAACGUUAUUUGAAAGAAAUGGGGUAGAGGGGUGGUUGUGCAACGCAAUAUAAUAUGAAGGACACUGCAAAUCUGUUUUGAGCACUAAGCCUAGAUUGUAGGCCAUGACUGUGGAAAAUAAAAUAAAUUAC